AGACAAUCCAGUGCAUCUUAUUCCAUUUUGUUUGACUACUCCUCGACCAAACGUUCCCACAAUGGACACCACUGCCUUUGCACAAGUCCGCCUGUCGGUUCUGGCUAAGCACAUUUGCCCGGUUCCGAACGGUGUGCAAGGCCUGUCCCUGCAGGGAUGUUCGGCGGGAGAUUCAGCUGCCUAUGAGCGCCACAACACCGCCGAUGACGAUGUCGUCAUUGUUGCGGCGCUUCGCACCCCGUUGACGAAGGCUCGGCGCGGCGGUCUCAAGGACACGGAUGCCGUGGAUCUGCUUGCGACAGUGUUUAAGGCGGUUUUGGACCGGACCGGCGUCGAGCCCCAGGCCAUUGGUGACAUCGUCAUCGGCUCUGUUCUGGGUCCUUCAUCUCAGCGUGCAAACGAGUGCCGCAUCGCGUCUUUUUUUGCUGGUAUCCCGGAAACCGUGCCGGUGCGCACUGUGAACAGGCAAUGCUCCUCGGGUCUGCAGGCCAUCGCGGAUGUCGCAGCUGCCAUCCGCGCCGGCUUCUACACGGUUGGUCUUGCGGGCGGUGUGGAGACCAUGUCACUCAACCCGAUGGCGUGGGAGGGCGGCAUCAACCCUCGCAUUGAGAACUUCCCAGGUGCUCAGGGCUGCAUGAUGCCGAUGGGCGUGACUUCGGAAAAUGUGGCGGCCAAGUUUGGCAUUGAUCGCAAGAGCCAGGAUGAAUUUGCAGUGCGCUCUCAUCGCAAGGCCGCCGCUGCCAAGGCUGCCGGCAAGUUCAAGGAUGAGAUUGUCCCCGUAUCCACCAAGGUCAAGGACCCGAAGAUGGGAGCGGAGACGCCGGUGGUUGUGUCGGAGGAUGACGGUGUGCGCGGCAGUACCACCGUGGAGUCGCUGAGCGGGCUCAAGCCUGCAUUUAGGAAGAACGGCACCACCACGGCAGGCAACUCGUCUCAGGUGACGGAUGGCGCCGCCGCCGUGCUGAUGAUGACCCGCGCGGAGGCUCAUCGCCGAGGACUGCCGAUUCUGGGUAUUUUCCGCUCCUUUGCGGCCGUUGGGGUGGACCCGUCUAUUAUGGGCAUUGGCCCCGCUGUGGCCAUUCCCGAGGCUGUGGCACGCGCUGGCCUCUCGCUGGACGACAUUGACGUGUACGAGAUCAACGAGGCGUUCGCGUCGCAGGCGUCCUACUGCGUUGCGAAGCUAGGUAUCGACGAGAACAAGGUGAACCCCAACGGUGGCGCCAUUGCUAUGGGUCACCCGCUGGGCGCCACGGGUGCGCGCUGUACGGCUACACUGCUGCACGAGCUGCGCCGUCGUGGUCGUGGGUCGCGUUUUGGCGUCGUAUCGAUGUGCAUCGGCAGCGGCAUGGGUGCUGCAGCGGUGUUCGAGACGGGAGGCGAGGUCGACAAGUUUAUGACGGCGCGGGCCGUUAAGGGCCAGGUCCUCCUUUCGAAGGACGCGGUGGUGUAAAGGGCUGACUGUCGCUUGGGUGCAUGUUUAAUGCUGUUACCUAGCGUGCAGGAUAUGCUUAAUCAUGACACGGGAAGUUCGUUUGUCAUACAACCCGUGGCCACAUUGCGUAGAAAAGUAUUGUUUAAAUGCAGGCUUGAGUGGGUGACUAGGAAUUAUUUGUCGUGUUCCAGGUACUGUCUGGUUUCUGUGCCUUCGUAACUUACCGUUUUGACUUGGCAGCAUCAAGCAUGGCCCCCGUCCUGUCCCAUGGGGCGGCAUAUGGGAUGGGUGGAAAGCGGAAAGGUGUUCACGUAGAGCAUGAUAUGGGUUCAUGCUCGCCGAUUGUGUAGGUUUGUUUAUUGGGCUGGAAGAACAGUAGAUAUGACCUGACCCAUGGGUCAGUGCAUGCCUGAGUGGGCACUGUGCACCCUGGUGCGCCGAUGUUCAUUUACAUGUAAUUUCCUUUUUCUGG